AAGUGGGCGGCUGGGGCAGGGGACGUGGCCUAGCUUGCUUCCCGGGCGGCGGGAGAGUGGGCGGGGCAGGCCGAGUGUGAAGGACCGUUAUGGGCUCCGCAGCCGGCACUGAGCGGUCCCCACGCCCAGCCGAGCCUUAGUCAUGAUGAUUUCGCCAGGUGGCCUCGCCCACACCCCACCCCACGCCACUGCAGAACGUUCCGGCCUGCCUCACGGGGCGAAUUUUUUACUUUCUUCAGUAUUACCCGUUUUCUCAUUGAUAACUACAAGGAGGCCGGCUGAGCUGCAGCCAAAAUGACCACCAGCCAGAAGCACCGGGACUUUGUGGCAGAGCCUAUGGGCGAGAAGUCUGUCGGCACUCUGGCUGGCAUCGGAGAGGUGCUUGGCAAGAAGCUGGAAGACAAAGGCUUUGAUAAGGCUUAUGUGGUGCUUGGGCAGUUCCUGGUGCUGAAAAAGGAUGAAGACCUCUUCCGUGAGUGGCUGAAAGACACAUGUGGUGCCAACGCCAAGCAAUCCAGAGACUGUUACGGCUGCCUGAGGGAAUGGUGCGAUGCCUUCUUGUGAAUGCUCUUGCUCAGAACCUCAGUGGAUGCUGUUGGAGCUUUUAUAGUUAGCUAGAGGUUGAAUCUUUUUCCCUCCCCCACUGUUUCUUCCUUGUGAAACUGCCAGCAUCUAAAAUGUA